CCGCAGAAGCCUACUGUGGUUCUAACAUCAUACUAAACUCCAGUCCCGGUCGUGCGAACAUCUAAAACCUCUAAACAGAUAAAGACUAGAUACAUCGCACAGUAACAUGCCAGAUGUUUGAAUGAGUUGGACAACUGACAUAGUUUUUUUUAACAAGGGUGAAGAAAUAAGACAGUGGGAAUCUGCCAAAUGGACUAGUUUCUCCUUUUCUGCAGUUUACUUGGAGUAGCUGAACCUCCUCCCUACAGCCAUGAUGAACCUCUCCAACGAGACAACCCCCAUUUGCUUCUCCAUCAACAGUCCCCCCUUCAAGUUCAACCAGAGCAUUGGUUCUGUCUACUAUUCGGCCACGUUCAGCUCCCUGGGCCUCACCUUCAACCUCAUUGCCUUCGUGGUCCUCCUCAAGACCUUCCAGCGCACGCACAGCCGCUCGCGCUCCUCAUUCCUCAUCUUCCUGUGUGGUCUGGUGGUCACCGACUUCAUGGGCCUGCUGGUCACCGGCUGCAUCGUGGUCACCUUCCACAUAACCCGCUUCAACUGGCGCGAGCUGGACCCCGACUGCGUGUUCUGCAACUUCAUGGGCAUGUCCAUGGUUUUCUACGGCCUCUGCCCGUUGCUGCUGGGCGCCACCAUGGCCGUGGAGCGCUUCGUGGGCAUCAACCGGCCGUUCUCACACUCGACCAGAAUGACCAAGUCACGGGCCAUGUAUGUGGUUCUGCUGGUGUGGGUGGUGGCUGGCGGCGUCUCACUCCUGCCCCAGGUGGGGGUCGGGAGCUACCACAUGCAGAUACCGGGCUCCUGGUGUUUCUUCAACAUCAGCUCGGAGACCAGCGACAUGGCCCUGUGCUUGAUCUUCUCGCUGGUGGGCCUGCUGUCCAUCGCCACGUCCUUCCUUCUCAACACGGUGAGCGUGGUGACCCUGGUGAAGGUGUGCUGCGGCCAGGAUGCCUCACAGCGCCGCCGUGACUACGAGGUGGAGAUGAUGGUGCAGCUCAUCUUGAUCAUGUUGAUUGCCUCUAUCUGCUGGUGCCCCCUAUUGGUGUUUAUUGCACAGACUGUGUUGUCAGGGAAAGGACUCCAAAUCAGAAGUCUGCUGCUCUUCAUCCGCUUCGCCACCUGGAACCAGAUCUUAGACCCCUGUGUCUACAUCCUGUUUCGCCGCGCCGUCCUCAAACGCCUCUUCCCGCGCUGGGACUGGUCCCAGGGCUCCAUCCGGACCCUGUACCCAGCCUCCUUCGUUGGCACCAUGCGUCGGCUGACCCGCACUUCGCUGGCCGACCACGAGGGGGCACUGUCAAAAGGGAAAUACAGGGAGCGCUCGUUUAAUGUGAAGGUUCCCACUUUAUCGCUUUGACUCUUGCCUGUGUGUGUAUGGAGACGCUAACACUGCCCUAUCUAGCUUCUUAGUAUGUUCGGUAAUGCUUUAUUUUAAAACGUUAAAAACAUUUGAGCAACUAUAACCCUACACAGUAUAUAUAUAUGGAGUGCUACAUUUUAAUCAACAUUGUCAAUUCUAAAGAAUUAAAGAGAAAUUCUGUCAAGAAAGAGGAAAGGGCAGUGAGAUGUACAUACACAAAAAAAAAUUAAGGGAACACUUAAAUCACACAUUGGGUCUCGAUGAAGGAAAUAUAUUGAAGAUCAA